UGAAAUUAUCAUUUGCCGACUGCAGUUUGUCAAGCAGCCGAUUGUUGUUUUUCUUCUAGAAAAAACUAAAUAUUCGUGAUAUAGCGUGUUGUGAAGAAUUAAUACAUUUUCUAGUAAAAAUUACAAACUAUGGUAACCUCUAAAUUGGAGAUCCUUGUGGAUUUUGGUGUGAAGCCUGAUCAGCAGGAGUUGGAGAAAACAUUGAACGCUCUGAGAUCACAGGAAGGCGUUAAAGAGGCUACAUUCAAAGGUGGUGCAGUUGUUGUGGAAACCACUCUCCCCAGCGGAACUGUGCUCGACAUGGUUGCCAAGAGUACUGGAAAAAGAGCCGUAUUACAAGGAUUUGGAGAAACCCAAUCAGCAGUAGCGAUGAUCGCGAGCCAGUCGUGCUGCGGCGGUGAAGUGAUGGGCGUGAUUCGAUUCCAACAAACUGCUGACGGGCCGCUGGUAGCUGAUGGAAGCAUCGACGGGCUCUCGGAAGGCUUGCACGGUCUACACGUGCAUACAGCUGGGGAUCUUAGCGAGGGUUGCAAGUCGAUAGGGGAGCACUACAACCCAUCAGGCGGGAAGCACGGAGGUCCAGGGGAUCCCGGAGAAAACAGACAUGCUGGAGACCUCGGGAACAUUGUAGCUGAUGAGACGGGACGCGCCCGGUUCAGAAUACUAGACGAUGUGCUGAAGGUGUGGGACAUCAUCGGCAGGUCAGUGGCGGUGACAGAGAGAAGGGACGAUUUGGGCAGGGGGUCGACCCCAACUUCAGAAGACGACGGGGAUAGCGGCCGCCCUGUGGCCUGCGGCAUCAUAGCCCGUUCGGCCGGCGUAUUCCAAAAUCCGAAGCGGAUAUGCGCGUGCGACGGUGUAGUGGUGUGGGACGAGAGGGAUCGACCCCUAGCGGGUAAAGGGCGAAGGGUUGAAGAGAAGAGAUGCUGCCAAAAACAUAAGGAGAAUGUCAAGCCUUGCUGUAAAGUUUAGGGGGGUGAUUAGGGAAUUAGGGGGUGUGUUAAGCCUCCUCCAAGCAAAUGGCCUUGAGCAUUCGUUUCACGCAUUAAAGUACAGCGGAAAUAUGCUAAGAUUUAUGAAUAAUUUCGUAAAAAAUUAAGUUUAGGUCUUUUUGAAAAUUUGAAACUACCAAAAUGUUCCCUAUUAAAAACUAAAAACUACCAAAGUUAAGAUAACAUUGUAGAAAUACGAUGGUUAAUUUUUUUCAAUGUUUUAUAAAUUUCGAGUAGAUAGCUUUUUAAAAUAUGAUUGGUGUCGUUUUGUUGGGGGAGCCUUAACCGUAGACUCAUGGAGUCGUUCCACAUUAUUAUUAAAUAAAUAUAUCAUGUCCUUAUAUAUGAAAGGCUAGGUAAAGGAGUGUUAUAUAAAAUAAAAGUCCCGCUAAAAAAGUAUCCAAUUUAAUUAUAUUUAUGGCUCACUAUUUUAGUCAUAGUGGCUUCCGCAUAAAAGGUAUAUGCUGUCGCGGACUUUUAUUUAGAACUAUUUAAGACAACAAUCCUACGGUACAUCAUCUUUGUCUAAGGAGCUUUCCAAGUAUUACGUAACACAAUUUGAAGGCUAGGGGCCUUAUUCUCUAUCCCGCACGUUAUUUUAACAGUGCGUAACAAGCACGUAACACAACGCGUCAUGUUUAGGACUAUAGAAAUUUGGCUUACAGAAUACCAUUCCACGCACAUUUCUCGAAAAUAACAUGACACGGCCGCGUUACGCGUUUACACUAUCGUACAGAAUAAGAGCCCUGCGGAGUCUUGUAAAACGUUACAAUACGUUACAGGCGCGGGAGGCGGGGUUCGUACAAAGCGUUACGUAACAUUGUUUUUUUUUAUGAAUAACAAAGGUGUAAAGUUUAUUGUGUUUGUGAUGGUAAUGUAUAGGAGUCGCAACUCUAGUUGUAAUGAAACUCCAAAGAUGGCACUGAAUGUAUUAUGUAUUUCAAAACUCCAGAGUACGUUUAAUACACAGUGGCGUGCUUAGAUGGUAACAGUAACAAAUCGUAAUACGUACUAA